UCGGCUCCCCACAGGUGCUCUGAAAUCGCCCGCCGCUUCCCGAUCACCCGCUCGCCCUGUGCCCUCGGGGUGGCAACCGGCAUUUCCCGAGGGCCGGGCUCGUCUCCAAGCGCCGGGCGGAUGACACACAGCGUCCAUCGGCCCUCCCCGGGCGCUCUGGUCCCCGCGAGCUCCGCAGCGAGGGGCGGGAACCCGAACUCGGCGGGCGAGAAGCUCUGAACGCGGACGCGGCUGCCACCCACUCCCGAGGCCCGCGGGGGCGGAGGAAGGGGCGGGAGUUUGCCGGCCGCUGGCUGCAGGAAGGGGAGGCCGCCUGGGCGUCUGCUCUGCGCUAGGGGCCCCGAUGAGCUCCGGGCCGCGGCUCCGCGGGGUCCGCCCUGCAGUUUUGAAGACCCAGUCGAGCGUACAUCUCCCAGUGCUUUCACCCUCGAUGAUUUGAGUUAGUUUGGUGACCGGCCGUUUGGCACCGCUUCCCUCUGCUAUGCUUCAAGCUGCCUUGGGCUCACUAACCGAUGUGGAGCAGGGGCCGGAAGAGGUGAGGAACAAAAUGUGACAGAAAUGGACGCCUUCCGUAAGAGUGAAAUAUUUGAUCCGGCAGAAAAGUACAAAAUGGACCACAAGAGGAGAGGAACUGCUUUAAUCUUCAACCACGAGAGGUUCUUCUGGCAUUUAAUGUUGCCAGAACGGCGGGGCACCAGCGCAGACAGAGACAAUCUUACACGCAGGUUUUCAGAACUAGGAUUUGAAGUGAAAUGCUUUAAUGAUCUCAGAGCAGAAGAACUACUGCUCAAAAUUCAUGAGGCGUCAACCUCUAGCCACACGGAUGCCGACUGCUUUUUAUGUGUUUUCCUGAGUCAUGGUGAAGGCAAUCACAUUUACGCAUAUGAUGCCAAAAUUGAAAUUCAGACAUUGACUGGCUUAUUCAAAGGAGACAAAUGUCAAAGCCUAGUUGGAAAACCCAAAAUAUUUAUCAUUCAGGCAUGCCGGGGAGACCAGCAUGACGUGCCAGUCAUUCCUCUGGAUGUAGUGGAUCAUCAGACCGACGCACUGGAGGCCAACGUCACCCAGGUGGAUGCGGCCUCCGUGCACACGCUGCCUGCUGGAGCGGACUUCCUCAUGUGCUACUCUGUGGCAGAAGGCUAUUAUUCUCAUCGGGAAACUGUGAAUGGCUCAUGGUACAUUCAAGAUUUGUGUGAGAUGCUGGGGAAAUUCGGCUCCUCCUUGGAGUUCACGGAACUCCUCACUCUGGUGAACAGGAAAGUCUCUCAGCGCCGAGUGGACUUUUGCAAAGACCCAAAUGCAAUUGGAAAGAAGCAGGUUCCCUGCUUUGCCUCAAUGCUAACUAAAAAGCUGCAUUUCUUUCCGAAAUCUAAAUGAUAGGGACUAUUUUGUUUUAUGUAUCUAUAUUCAAAACAGAUUUUCCAUCUUUUUAUAUAAAUAAAUACCACUAGGUUGAAAUUUAUGAUAAAGUGAUUUAUAGUCUUAAAGGUUUAAUGAGAACUUUAAAGAAUAGUUCAUAUUGGUAUUAGACAUGGUGAAAGGGUUUUGAUACAUGUGAAAUGAAAUCCUCAGGGAAUUACUAUAAAAAUCCACAAGGAUUUGUAAUACUUGAUUUUUAUAGUAAAUCACAAGGUUACUCAAAAUAUCUGGCUGAUUUAACUUGUAUUUUGUUUUUUAUAAAAGUUUUAUAGUGUUUUUAAAGGUUUUUGAAAUCCAAGAAUUAGUUGUUUUUCCUUAAUAAAAUAUUUGAAAUUCA